UGAGGGGUGUGCACUGUAGCAGUUAGCUAGCAAACAAUGCAAACGGCGCAGGCAAAGCGACGUCCUAACUUUCAGCUCUAGCGCCUGUCCUAUUUGCACACUUGUGGGGGGGAAAUACUCCAGUUAUUUCUUUCUAUAAGUAAAACAAAACAAACAGCAGCCGUGCCCCGCCGCGCACCGACCCCCAGCGGAGCUGUCAUGUGGCAGGAGGCCCGCAAACAUGAGCGCAAGUUGCGCGGUAUGAUGGUGGACUACAAGCGUCGUGGGGAGCGACGGCGGGAAUACUAUGAAAAGAUUAAAAAGGAUCCAGCUCAGUUCCUGCAGGUUCAUGGCCGUGCCUAUAAAAUCCACCUCGAUCCGGCUGUAGCCCUAGCUGCAGAGAGUCCAGCCAACAUGAUGCCUUGGCAGGGUGACACCAAUAAUAUGAUUGACAGGUUUGAUGUGAGGGCGCACUUGGACUACAUUCCGCCUUAUACGCCUUCUCUGAUGAGCACGACGACUCCUGAGCAGGAGAGCGAGGAGAGGAAGUGCAAUUAUGAACGUUACCGAGGCCUGGUGCAGAACGACUUUGCUAACAUCUCUGAGGAGCAGUGUUUGUAUCAGAUCUACGUGGACGAGCUAUAUGGAGGCCUGCAGAAACCAAACGAGGAUGAAAAGAAAAAGCUUGCUGAAAAAAAGGCUCAAAUUGGCUACACGUAUGAGGACAGUACAGUUACAGAAUCUGAUGCCCGGUCAGAUAAAGGGGAUGAGGAGAACUCGGAGAACAGCGAGUCUGAGGAGGAUGAAGUAAUUCCUGACAUUGAUGUCGAGGUGGAUGUGGAUGAAUUAAACCCAGAGCAGGUGAUGGAGGUGAACAAGAUGGCCACUCCGUAUGGCAUGGCAGAAGGAGACUUCGUCUGGAUGUUGAGAAAGGACAAGGAGGAAGUGGAGGCCAUAAAGCAUGCCAAAGCCCUGGAGGCCGAAAAGGCAAUGUACUCGGGCCGGCGCUCACGCAGACAAAGGCGAGAGUUCAGAGAAAAGUAUAUGAAAGGCAGACAGAUCAGCCCUCCCAGCUAUGCCAGAAGAGACAGUCCGACCUAUGACCCCUACAAGCGUCCCCAAUCUGAGUCAAGUUCCGAGUCCCGCUCUCGCUCACGUUCUCCAGGCAACGAUAAGAUCACAUUCAUCACCAGCUUUGGGGGCAGUGACGAAGAAGGCGCUGCAGCUGCACAAGCCCCAGCUACCGCCCAGUCAACCCAUGCUCCCUCCAACCCUGCAGGUCAUAGCAGGGGCUCCCGAAGGAGACGCUCUUCUUCCAGCCGCUCAUCAUCCUCCUCACGUUCUACCUCACACCGCUCAUCUCGUUCGUCUUCGCGCUCCCGGCGUGGUCGACGUGCACGCGGAGGACGUGACCGAGAUGGUCGCCGUUCGCGAUCCCGCUCACCCCGCCACCGCUCGGACUCUCGGUCAUGGCAACACGGAGGACGAGGAAGCAGUUCUAGGAGACGCUACGAGAGGACACGCUCUCGCUCCACAGACAGAGACAGAGAUAGAGGAAGGCACUACACAUCACGCAGAAGAACCAGGUCCCGGUCUCGCUCAGGUGACCGCGGUCGCCGUGGUGGUCGGAGUUCUGGGUACAGGAGAGGUGCCAGCAGCAGCCGGAGCCCAUCUCGCUCACUUCCUGCUAGUAGUAGCCCCUCCCCUUCGUCUCGAUCUGCCCAGCCCACCGCCACUGCUGUACCUGACAAACUGAGAAAGCCUGAAACUCCGGGUGGUAAAGAGACGGGAGCUGCCAAACCCAAGAUGACCCCCCAAGAGAAGCUGAAGCUGCGCAUGCAGAAGGCUCUCAACAAGCAAUCCAAGGCGGAUAAGAGGGCAGCACAGGUCAAAAUUCAGCAGCAGGAGCACAAGCGGCAGGAACGAGAAGGAGUGCUGAGAGCUAUGGCACGCAAAAUUCGCAUGAAGGAAAGAGAGCGACGAGAGAAAGAGAGAGAUGAGUGGGAGCGGCAAUACGGCCGCCAGAGUCGCUCGCCCUCACCCAGUUCCAAAUACAGUCGGGAUUAUGGCUCGUACAGAAGGAGGUCGCGUUCAAGGUCACGGAGCCCACACUAUCGGUACUAAACACGAGCCUAUUACUGAUAGAAGACAGUGGAUUUAGGAAGAAAAACAGGCAGACUAUUUAAGGCACAUGUAUGAAAAGAAAACCGAAAGGUAGUUGGGGGUAAUUUUGCUCCUGAUUUCACCCUGUUUAAAGGUCAGACUACCCUGUGGUAUAAAUGAAUGUCUGAUUUCAACAGAAACUUUUUCCUCCCUCAUCUUAUGUUUUAGUGCAUCCAGAGGUACAGAGAUGCAUUAAUAUUCUUCUAAAGCAGGAAAAGUCUAUGUAUGAAUGUAAACUGCUUUUGCAGAGAGGUUAGCUGUAUAUAGGAUUAAUUAUUUCCAGUGUGUCCUCAUUUUGUAUCUCCGACUGACUUUUCCCAUCACAAAAAUCAAUUGUCUUGAAGGCAUGAAAGACCCAGACCCAACGUUGUAUAUAAUGUGUUCACAUGACAAUUCGUGACCACUUCAGAGCUGUGGUGGGAAACAUUUCACUCUCAAGCUGUAAAUACCAGUCUGCCAUCCAUGUUGUUUUACCCAAAAUCGACUGCAAUAUGCUCAAUUGCUCAAAUAAAAUGCUUCCAAAGUAUUACAAAUA